GCUGGAGCCAUGUCUGCUGCUGUGGGACCCAUAUCGCGACAUCAUGAGGCCGCAGCGACACAUCGUAAAGGUUGUCAGCUGCUGCUGAGCAGUGAAAUGGAAGCCAAGAGACUAAUCGGUAAACCACUUCAGCCAGCAAGGCCUAUCCGUCGCUGUGUUUCUGACAACGGAGCUGUAUUCAUGGUUAACUUCCAAGCCAGGUUCUCUGAUCACUGCAGAGACAGCGUUAAGGAUCGCUCUAAUUUGUGGCGCUCCAUUGAAAAAUUACAUGUUUUGGAGGAUCCGGUAACUGAGAAAUCUUCAGGAAAACCAGCAGUAAAUAAUAAAAAAGAUAGGAUUACCUAUUCCAGAGACUUCCUGAUGCAGCUAUCAAACGUGUCUGUGAGCAAACAGAAGCCAAAGUACUUACCGGAUCUCCCCAUUACUCUUCAGCAUCCGCGGAGAAUAGCCCUUUCUAAUGAAAGUGAGAAAAAGACGGAAUGCACAGAUCUCCAGCCUGCACUGUGCCCCGGACCCCUUCGUGUUAGCUCACAUGAUGAACGCGCAUCCCACUGCAUGACUAGACCAUCGAUGCUAACACCUCGCGGAGGAUGAGGCUCGUUUUUUCCCCCCCUAUAUGACAGGUCACUUCACCAGAUUUCCCUAAAAAAAAAAGUGUGAAUUCUGUCAUUAUUGCAUCUUUGGGAAACCUGUCUUUGUUACUGUGAGUUUGACAUUAUUAUUAUUAUUCUUUUUUUUUGUAUAAAGUUUAUGUUGAUAUUUAAUAGACACAACUGCUUUGUGUGAUUGUUUUAUAUGUUAUUUUGUUAGUUUUCUAUGCGACCUUUAAAGUUUGGUGAAUAUUCUGUACGUUAGCCCUGCACUGACGCCAUGAUCAUUUCUUAAAAAAAUCUUUUAUAUAAUAUACAAAAAUAAGGGAUCAUUUCUUUUGGUUUUCUCAAUUGGCUGCUUUAAAUCCUUUUAAAGGUGCGUUCACACGUGGUUUUGUAGUGGAGUUUUUCUGCACCAGUUUUUUUUGUGCUUAUUUUUGUGGUAUAAAGUCCAGCUCCAGAUGUUAGCUGAAAAUAUGAAACGUGGGAGACACAAGUGUUUUUAGCUACUGCCGUUUUUGUUAAUUAGGUGGCGUUUUAUUCUUUCUGGUUUCUUUAAAAAAAAUGCUGAUAGCCCGGCCCCUGCCACUCCUCAAUGUCUAGGGAAGCGUAAAAACAAACCAAAAACUGACGGGCGUGUGCCUUAAUUUAGCUGCAUUGGAACUUAAAAAGUC